AUGGCCAAGAGCUACAAUCACACGCUCUACCCUUCCCCUUCUUCUUCUUCUUCUUCCAAUGCUUCUUCUUGUCUGACUUCUAGUACAGAGAUAUACACUCUUUGGAUGAAGUCAUUGGUGUUGAACGGGAAUGGUUGCACCAUCUAUGAUUCUAAUGGCGAAAUAGUUUAUCGUGUUGAUAACUACGACCAGAAGGGCUGCAAGGAGGUCUACCUCAUGGAUCAAGGUGGCAAAGCUCUUUACAAGAUACUAAGAAAGAAGCUUCGGGUGUUUGGAAGAUGGGAAGCUUAUCGUUAUGAUGACUCGAAUGGAGAAGAGAAGAUGCCUAGAUUUAGAGUCAAAAAAGCUUGUGGGAUUCUAAAGGGAAGUGGAUCCUUUGGAAUUGAAGUUAUGGGAUGUGGCAGGGAGAACAAGGCUAGUUACAAGAUAGAGAUAUUGAAGCACCAGUCAGUGUACAGAAUAAUGGACAUGGCUGGAGGACUUGUGGCACAGGUUCAAAGGAAGCACACGGUUUCAGGAGUCAUGCUUGGAGAAGAUGUUAUGACAUUGGCGGUGGAGCCCAACACAGAGCGUCUGCUCGUUAUGGGACUCGUCGUUGUUUGCUGUCUUAUAAAUCAUUAACAUGCAAAGUCUCCCUCAUGGCCAAGCCAUGGAAUGUUGCUGUUUUCAAGUUUUUCUUGUCAUUUUCUUUCCCACUCUAUCCUUUAAUUCAUGCCAAAUCGGUAGAGUCGCAUGGCUUUUGUUUUCCCUCUUAUAUAUUUUUUUCAUUCCGGAAGAAGAAACGUAGAAUUUGUCACUAAUUGGCAAGUAUAAGAGAUUAUGAAGACAGCAGAAGAUUAUCUCCAAUGAUCACUUUGUUUAUGAGUUGGGAAUUGGAAAGU